AUGGGCGAGAACGGCACAAAAAUGCUUCAACAGAGGGUGGCCGAACGAAUCUGCGAACAGAUAACGACACGCAAAGCAGCACUAGAAAACAAAUUCCGCAAGCUCUCCAAUCCAGCGUCAUCCAAGAACGACAAACUGGUGCACAACCUGUCGUCAAAGGAGCUGACGGAGGAACAAAUGCAGGUGUUAAGGCAUGUGGUCUCAUUUAACACAGACGAUGCCACACCUGUCAGUAUGAUUGCAGCGGUGGAGGAAAUCCUCAGCCAGACGGAAGCUAAGUCCAUUCACGCAGUCAUUGACAUGGACUUAAAACAGUAGUGGCCGAGAACGGAAGCCUGAGGUACCCGACGCACAACUUGCACUGGCAUUGGUUUUGCACUGCCACUGAACACAGAACACGAUCAGUCCAUCAAAAAAUCCCCUAUCCAAUUUAGUAGGCUCGCCCUCAUCCCAGAUUCUCGGACCUUGUAGAGUAACCGGCAGUGUGGAUCAUAAUCAAAGGCCUUCCUGAAGUCGAUGCAAACGUUAUGGACUCUUGCGUCUUAAGCUAGCGAGCGGGGUCACUGCUGCAUUGAAUGUAGUAUAUCGGUUGGACAGGUAUGGUUUCGUCGAAAGCCACUUUAGACACUGUCGAGCAAAUCUUUUUCUUCGACGAACUUCACAGUAGUUUUUUGACUACUUCUUCCAAAUGCAUACUAGGGUCACCGGCCGACAGUUGUUGGCACUUGUUCAGGUCUCACCCUUGUCAACUGGGUGUCUAUUCGUCACAUUCCAGUCAGGGAGAAGAGAUCCUCGAUCAAAGGACGGCUAGAAAAUAUACGAAAGCUGUCUGGAGAGUCGACAAGCAAGCUGCUUCAGGACUUUUGUCGGUUUUAAGUUCGGAUACAGAGACUUACAUUCCUCAGGAGUAAGAUGUUCCUUCCUCACAUAUUUGGUGAGAUCGGUGCUUUCCACCACUGUGUCGUUUGUUCCCGUAAGAAAAUCCGUUUUAUCUGUGAAAGAAGAUGCGAAAAAUGACCUAAAUGUUCUGCCUUAACGUCAUUUUGAGUAAUGUCCUCAUUUUCUCCUUCCAACAUUGCGGCCAUCUCUUAUUUCUUUAAUCUAUGUACUGUUGAUGUAGCUGAAGAAGACUCUUGGCUUAACCACGGUCCGUUUUAUAAUUCGCGUCUCGCUCUCCCUCCGCGAUCUACGGACGUUUGACUUUGUCUCGUUCCACUUUCGGUAAAACUUUUCGCAGUGCGAGCGUUUUUUUCUUUUCACACACCUCAGAAGUUUGUUUUUUUCUGUUCACCUCUUUUGUAUCUUGCUCUAAACAGACAGGAUGAUUCCCUUUUUGGACCUGUUUGAUCGGACAGUUAUGAUGCAUAGCGUUGUUUAUAACUCCCCUGACAAUAUUCCACUCUAAAUCCGGAUGUCCCAUAAGAACGCAAUGCUCGAUUAGUAUUGAUAAUUUACUUCCAUUGGCAAUAAAAUGUCCCCGCCCCCCAAGAAAAAUUUAGCUGAACUUCAGUUGUCUUACUUUUCCAGGUGUGUAAAUUUUUCAACCAUGAGCCGAGCACUUCAGAGGCGUCCUCAACCGUCAUUUCAUCAUCUCGAAAGCCACCUUCGCCCGUCUGCCUCAGGUGGAGACCAACGCCGACCUCGACCUCCCGCUUUCUCCCCACGAAACCAUCAAAGCCGUGCAGCAGCUCUCCAGCAGGAAAGCGCCUGGAUCGGACGCGAUUCCUGCUGACAUCUGCAAGCACGGUGGCCGCCACUUCAUGGAUCACCUGGGGCGCUCUUCCAAAAGAUGUGGAGUCAAAGAUAAGUCCCGCAGGAUGUCAAGGACGCCACAAUCGUGCAUCUUUAUAAACGGAAAGGAAACUGCCAGCUCUGCGACAACCAUCUUGCGGAACAUCACCGGGAAGAUCCUCUCCCGCAUUCUCCUCAACCGCCUGAAUCACCAUCGGAAACAAGGUCUCCCGCCGGAAGGCCAGUGCGGCGUCCGCCGUCAUCGCAGAACCACGGACAUGAUCUUCAUCGACACUAACUGCAGGAGAAGUGUCAGGAGAUGCGGACCCACCUCCACUCUAUCUUCAUGGAUCUGACGAAAGCCCCCGACACGGUGAACCGCGAAGGACUGUGGAAAAUCAUGCUGAAAUUCGGCUGUCCCGAACGAUUCACAAAGAUGGUGCGUCAGAUCCAUGUUGGCAUGAUGGCGCGAAUAACAGACAAUGGGCUGUAUCAGAGGCAUUCGUAGUGACCAACGGAGUGAAGCAGGACUGCGUCCCCGUGCCUGCAAACUUCAGUCUCAUGUUCUUUGCCAUAUUAAUCGGCGCCUACCGUGACGAACGGUCCGGGAUCCGCGUCGCCUACAAGGCUGACGGUCAACUCCUCAACCACCGGCGGAUGCACUUCCAAUCACAUGUAUCCGCAGCCUCUAUCCAUGAGCUUCUCUUCGCCAACGACUGCGCACUCAGCAACACCUCCAAACGAGACAUGCAAAGGAGCAUGUACCUCUUCGCCACCGCCCGCGAAAACUCCGGUCCAAUCAUCGACACGGAGAAGACAGUGGUUAUGCAUCAGCGGCCACCCGACGCUGUCUCCAUCGCUCCUUAA